AUGUCUUCUCCAGCAAAAAUUGACCCCCUCGCGGUCUUUCUCUCUGAUUCGGCUAAGGCCUCUUCCUCUAAAUGUGGCAUUGACUCCCCCACCUCUUUGAAGUCGAGCACUACGGGCAAGUCAUCGCCGCGCAUGACCGCUGCAGAGACUGCCAUUAGGCAGCUCAACCUCAAGUCGAGCCAGCCAACGCCAUCGUUCACUUCUCUCCUUCCUUCCUCUAGCUCUCGUCCACUGCAGCCGGUCGACACCAACGUGUGCAAAGCUGAAAGGCAAGAAGCAUCUCUUUCCCGCUCGAGCUCCUCCACACCCUCUCCGAAGCUUUCCGCACUUCGAACUUCGGCGACGAAGAAAGUCCGCUCUCCCUCCAGCAAAGGCGUUGUCUCUGGCACUCGAUCUGUAGCGAAAGUGAACAAGCUUGGUACCGUCCUUGGCAGCACUGCUUCCGUGACGCUCAAGGGUGCCCGUAUCAGCGUCAAGGUCCCACAAAAGCUUCCCUCGCCUCGACUGACACCUCGCUCGUCGCCAUAUGAGGACCUAGUUGCGCAUCUGGCACGUCAUCAUCUGUUUGCAGAGUCGAAACAAGUCGAGCAGCACUCGAUACCGCCCGACUACCUCUUGACUCGGUACCUCGAUCUUGCUCACCUCGGCAAGUGCAGCUUGUACCACCAAACCAGCACCUUCCUCCACGCCAACGGCGAGACCAUCACCGCGCAUGUCAAGCCAGGUCAGUCUCUGCCCGUCAGCGUGCCAGUCGAUGUCACCGCCUUGAUCAACACGCUUCAGGUUCCUCCCACCCACAUUCUCGCCGUGCACUCGGACAACGAAGAAGCAAAGCUCUACGCUGUUCAUGGUCUAGUAUUGGCUCUCCAGUGCGUCUCCAUCCCUUUCCUGCCAGCUUCCAACGACAGGCAAGAAGGUAUGAAGGUGAUCAAGGACAUGGCUACUCUCACACUCCGCGUCCCAUCCCUACAACACUUUGACGUCGUUCUUCGCUGGCUUUACUCCCAAUCUACCACCUCUCUGCUGUAUGAGCUUCUUCCCAUCAAGUAUAUUGUCGCUUAUCUCACACGUCGCAGCAUCACCAAGCGCAAAGCUUCUGCCUCAGCAUCUGACAACAACAAGCAUGAUUCCGCCGCUAUUGCAGAUGUCGACGUCUCCAAGCUCUCCACGCUAGACCUGGCGGAGGUCAUGUCGACAAUGUCGACAAAAACGUUCCUAGAGCUGCUACAGACAAUCCAGGCCGUGUGGAAGAACGGUGUCGCGCUAGGCAUCGUCUCUUGGAACUUCUGGACCCAGCUCGAUAACGCUUGGAAUUUGAUCAUUGGUGCUAUGGUUGCAUCCAAGCGUCGUAGCCAAUUGAAGAUGGCUGCCGUGGCAGCGGCGACGGCCAACGAGCUCACUGCUCAGCUUCAGUCUACUCGUAUUGAAUGA